AUGAUUCCGAUGGAGAACAAAAAUCUUUAUCCGAUAUCCGACGAAGACGAAAUCGACGUGCUGAAUUCAGAUGACGAGGAGAUGCUUCCAGAAGGCUCUUUUCAUCAUCAACCCGACGAGAUUUAUAUGGUUCAGGAGGACGGCGAGGGCUAUUAUGACGAUGAUGAUGAAGAUGAUCCGUUACAAGAAUAUCAAUAUGUAGAGGAGGAUGGGACCUACAUGCACGACCAAAACUACUCAAAUCCCGACUACGUCGACGCGCACUAUAUAAAUACGGAUGUGCAAUUUUUGCACCAACAAAAAGAUUCGGAGAUUUUUGAAUUUUUUGAAAAUCCCCAAAACGUUGAAUUCAUCACCACCGACGACCGCCUUCAAAAGUAUCCGGAAAUGCGUCAACUGCCGGCGUUAAGGCGUCAUUGGCGACAGGCGAACGCACGGAAUAAGCCACAAUUAUUCAUACCGCUCAAUGGAAUACAAUUGGACCCGCUGGAAUCGGCUGGAAAUGCUCUGCUGGUGGCGAAUAAGAUUUAUCCGGCCAUCGGGCAAUCCCUACAGAAUAAUAGUCAGAAAUCAGGGCCUCCAAAAGCGCCAAAAGUGUUCUCCCGCCUUCCAUCACUCCAACCCACCCGUCAAAAAGCGACGCCGCACAUUCGAAAGAUAAUUCGUCCCAAACCGAUAGUUUUCACCGAGCCCACCACCACCAAAGGGAUUACUGUAUGUCCGACGAUUGCUCAUGGAAUGACCCCAUUGCCCGAUAAAUACUUUCAACGACGACAAACGCUGACGGCUGAGCAAGCGGGAUUUGAUUCCGAAAAUGUGAUUUGUGAUAUUUGUAAUUUUGUAUUCCGCCAAAAAGCGGUUUAUCAGACGCAUAUGAAGAAGCACGCCGAUCAGGAAGAGGAGGAGGUCAUUAUAAGUGACACCAUAGGACUACUGUGCCCGGUGUCAGACUGCAACACUCGAUGUGACACACUGGCGACUACGGUAAAACAUAUGAAAGACGCGCACAGUAUACAGGAUAUUGUAUUCGAGAAAGUCGUUUUUAAGGAUAUGACGGAGUUUAAGCUCUGGAAAGCGGAACUGGAACGUCUGACAAUGUCGAAGUAUAGCCGAACGUCUGGAAGACAGAAUAUAUACAGCAAAUCGACAUAUUAUCAAUGCGCGCUAUCUGGAACGGGCGUGAAUGCGAUGAAGAUGAGCAAAGUCGCUCGGAACCAUGUGGAGCAUGAUCCUUUAAGAAAACGACAGAGCAAGAAGUUGGAGAAGUCGUGUACCGCCUUCUUCCAGGUCAAAGAAAUGGAUGAUGGUACCGUAGUCCUCCGCGGUUGCACCAAACACUCGGGCCACGGAAGGGACCCACGGAGCCUUCCGCUGACCGACGAGAUAAAAAUGGAAAUUGCGAAUUUGCUGAUCGAAGGAUUCGAUGAAACUCAAAUCGUUGAUAAGCUGAGAGAGGGGACCGAUAGUUGGGACCGGAAAUUUUAUCUGCAAACGUAUGAAGUUCGAAAUGUCUAUACGAAAAUCGAGAGAUUCAAAGCGGAGUAUGCUAGGAAGAUGAUCAGCGGCGAAAAACUGCCAAAUUUGGCGGACGUCGUCCGACGGACGGCGGCUCCACAGCCGUCCCAAUCGACGUCGUCGUCGGCGCGAAAUUUGAAUGUUUCAAAUUCGCGCGCAAAGUUGGCGUGUAGCAAGUAUCCGACAGCGAACUAUGAGCAAUCACAGCAUUCAGAUAGCCACCCAGACUACUAUCCGGAGCAACAAGAAUAUGAAGACGUUAUCGAGGAGACCGGCGAUUUUCAUGUGCCCGAAACUACAGUAACCCACCACCAGAAUUCGGGGAAAAAAGAGGAGAAUUCGAUGAAGAAAGAUAGGGUUAAAGCUGAGCAAUCGGGACCAUCGGGAAUCAGGGGAAAUGUCAAUAAGGCGGGAAAGAGAAAACGCGACGACGACGAAGGCGUUGACGAUGAUUUCGAAGAAGUGGGUGGAGCUUCGCAAGCUCCGCCCUCUCCUUCUCGACAAUCGAUGAGAGGUCGGAAAGCGACAUGGAAGUUGGCGGAGAAUGAGGAGGAUUUUUGA